AUGCGAGCCGAGGUGACCGAACCCUCGUUCAUCAAGGCGGAGACGCAGGGCAACCAGUCAUCCGUCAAGGAGGGACCCCAAACGUUCCGCGCAGACCGCCAUCGACUCGAUGUGAGAGUCGAUUUCAUCGCUGGAGAGGCGAGCAACGACGAGCUGUCGAAGCCAAUGCAUACGCCCACCGGAAGAAAAAUCUUGAUGGGCCUUGGAGAGAGAGUCCCACAUAGCGGCGGCGUUGGUGCCGUGGGACCUAACGAAACGCAAGUUGCUGGGGUGAAUCGUUCGGGCUAUGAAGGACGAAACAGAGAUGCUGUCCGCGGUCCAGGAAGGCGGACGGGAUUUCGCAUCGGCGACGGCAGUUGCGUCGGCGGUGGAGGCGGCUUGUCAGCCUCUGGGUAA